AUGUCAAAUCGAGACCCAAAUUAUAACUUAGCUAACGUAGAAUUUGAAUUAAAAAUGAAUCUCUUGUGGGCUGGGAUCAAAAAAGAUGUAGAACAUGUCUUUCAAAACGGAGAUCUCCCAAAACUUGGAGAUAUGAUCCAAUUUCAGAUGCUUGGAUUUCAGCAUUGGGGUAUCUACGUAGGCGAGGAGGAAGUCGUGCAUUUCGCCUGGCCACCGGUCGAAGGGCUUAAGUUUAAAGUCCGGAAGGAAAAAAUCAAGGACGUCCCAGGAGUCCUGAAAACCGCCGUGUGGAACAAAUUCGACCGGAAAUAUCCCCCUUUGGAUCCCGCUUGUGUGGUGAGAAGAGCUCGGAGUAUGGAGAACAAGGUGCUCAGAUACAACCCGGCCAACGCAAACUGCGAGCACUUCGCCACCUUGAUGAGAUACGACAGGGCUCUGUCUGACCAGGCAGAAAGAUUUUACUUUACUGUAGAUCGAGCUUUCGAGCAGGAGGUCAGAAGAUACCUAGCUGAGGGCGACUGUGGAGGUGGUCAAGGCUUCCAGAGAAAGCGGUGAGCCUUCAGUCUCACUCACAUGGAUCAAAUCUUGCUUAUGGGAUUAAAUAAAACCAGUUUUUUUCAAGAAAAAAAAUAUUGUGCGGGUAAGA